UGAGCCAGCCCAGCUCCCCGUCCUCCAGACCCCGGGCCUGCCUGCACCUCUGCCCCUGACGCUCGCCGACCACCAUGAAGAGGCAAAACGUGCGGACGCUGGCGCUCAUCGUCUGCACCUUCACCUACCUGAUCGUGGGCGCAGCGAUCUUCGGCGCGCUGGAGUCGGAGGAGGAGACGCGGCAGGAGAAGGAGCUGAGCGUGAGGAGGAAGAAGCUGCUGGCCAACUUCAGCCUGACCGACGCGGACUUCGAGAAGCUGGAGAAGGUGGUCCUGGAGCUCAAGCCGCACAAGGCCGGAUUGCAGUGGACCUUUCCCGGCUCUUUUUACUUCGCCAUCACCGUCAUCACCACCAUCGGAUACGGCCACGCGGCUCCCAGCACGCACGGAGGGAAGGUGUUCUGCAUGCUGUACGCCCUGCUGGGCAUCCCGCUCACCCUGGUCAUGUUCCAGAGCGUGGGCGAGCGGAUCAACACCUGCGUCAGGUUCCUGCUCCACCGGCUGAAGAAGUGCCUGGGCAUGCGGCGCACCGAGGUCUCCAUGGUCAACAUGGUCAUCAUCGGCUUCAUCUCCUGCAUGAGCACGCUGUGUCUGGGGGCGCUGGCCUUCUCCCACUUCGAGGGCUGGAGCUUUUUCCACGCCUACUACUACUGCUUCAUCACCCUCACCACCAUCGGCUUCGGGGACUACGUGGCGCUGCAGAACGACCAGGCACUGCAGGAGAAGCCGGAAUACGUUGCCUUCAGCUUCAUCUACAUCCUCACCGGCCUGGCGGUGAUCGGCGCCUUCCUCAACCUGGCCGUGCUUCGCUUCAUGACCAUGAACGCCGAGGACGAGAAGCGCGACGCCGAGCAGCGCGCCCUGCUCUCGCACAACGGCCAGGCGGGCGGACGCUUCCACUGCGCGGUGGACCCUUCUUCCGCCGCCUCCACGCCGUCGGGAUGCGGCGCGGUGGGCGGCAGCAGCGGCGGAGCGGCGAGUCGCGGCCUGCGGAACGUUUAUAAUGAGGUGCUGCAGUUCCAGUCUAUGUGCUCGUGUCUGUGGUACAAGAGCAGGGAGAAGCUGCAGUACUCCAUCCCCAUGAUCAUCCCGCGCGACCUCUCCUCCUCGGACACCUACAUGGAGCAGGGUGAGGCCUUCACCAACCCGCUGCACUCCAACGGCUGCAUGUGCGGCCUGCAGCACCACUCGGGCAUCAGCUCCGUGUCCACUGGUCUGCACAGCAUCAUGACGGACCGAAGACUGAACAAGCGGCGCAGCUCCAUCUAGAUGGUCGUCCCGUCGCGGCCGCAGAACUGAACUUCCUUCCUGGUGACGACGAACUUGUCGAAGCUCCUUCCGCGGUCGCAAUCUGUCCGCCGACGCCCGAAUUUCUACCUCUGACCAGCAUCAUGUUGCUCUGACUGUCGGUGUAAAUCCAUUUCAUUGUCACGUCACUUCUGCUGGCUUGGUUAGUGUCUGUGCUGCGUUCAGGACAACGGUACGCUCAGCAGUCCUACAAUUCUUAGCCUGUCGGGCCUUUCAAGAGGCGGGACAACAGCCUGAGCUUCAUUAUUCACAGUCUGCUUGGUACUUUUUUGAUAGAAAACUUUUGAAAAACACAUUAAAUGUUGUAUGAGUGAAGUUAAACAAGCUAAGAAAAUAUGACCAUAGUGGCAUCCACCGAAGAGAAUCAUGGAAGCUUUUUGGUCUCAGAACAAUAUUUCACAUUUCUAUGUAGAAACACUACGAAAGACAAAUUCCCAACUUUCAAAGUGCAUCUGAAUGCACCACCCAUUUUUCCUUUAAAUGAAAGUGUUCCAAUCUAUCAAUAUUAUUUCAGUAAUAUUAUCUUCCCUCAGCAUUUUUUGUCUACAUAAAAUAAAAAAAACAAAAGGGAAAAGAAUUUGAUGUAUGAAUUUCAGUUUUAUUAUAUUUUGCAAAUUAUUUCCAAUUUUUUUCUGUAUAUAUUGCCAUAAAAUCCCUACUUUUAAAGCACAUGUGAACGCAUCAUCCUGUUUUCAUUUCAAAUAAAUUUAUAUGUAGCACAUAUGGAUCAUUUCAAGAUCAAUAUAUCAAUAUAGAGUUUAAUUUAUUUUUUUGAUAUUUUUCAUAUCAAUUUUUUUCCAAAAAAAAAAGAAGCUAGAGUCAGAGGAGGAAAAAAGCCAAAUAUUUUGCUCACAGCCUAAUUUUUUUCCAGAAUUAUUUCAUGUAUUUCAAAUAGUUUUCAAAAAAGAAGCCAUAAGUUUUACUCAGAGCUACGUAUAAUUAUUUAUUUUCUAUGUGUCAUUAAACCUUUCAAUAUAAGAAAAUAUAUACUUUUGAUAUUUGAUGCUGAAUGUGGCUGAAUCCUCCGUAUUAAUCGAAGAGUAAUAACAGUGUUUGUCACUCUUGGAGCUGCGACUGCUGAGUCUGCUGUUGUGUUGAGCGCAGUGACCCUGCGACAACAUCUCGUCGUCAGUAACAGUCAGUCGCUCCAAAUGCUCUGGAAGCUCAACAACCUGUGGCGCCUCUGAAUGGUACAAUGCUGUUUCUACUUGGGUCACAAAGGGACAAACUCACUGUGAGAGAAGCUCUGGAGGGUUUCGCUGUACAUAAAGCCCCGCGGAGAGAUCAUUUAUUUAUCCAGCCGUCCGACACGUCUCUGUACAUACUCGAGUAUUUUCACCCAGAGGAGAGAAUAUUUUUUCAGUGGAGUCGUCUGCACAAGCCGACUUCAGAUUUAGGCCAAAACCUUUAACAUGUUUCGUCUCGGCUCCACAAAAAUAUGAACACAACACUCAAGGAAUUGCUGAAGGAAUAUUAUUUUUGAGCUUCUGAAUGUUCUGUGGAGAAAUGCCAAUAUCCUGGUUGUUUUUCAUGAGAAUUUCUAAUGAAUUAUUUUAGAAUAAAAUAUUGAAUUUUUAUUUUAAAUUAUUUACAGAGGAGGACUUACACCUAAAUAUAUUCAAAGAAAAUAUUUGAAAAAAUAUAUUUGAAAACAAAAUAAAUACAUACAUUACGUACAAGAUAGAUAUUUUUGUGGAAUUAAAUUAUUCUUGUUUAUUAUUAUUAUUAUUAUUAUUAUUAUUAUUAUUAUUAUUGCAAUGGAUUUUCAAUGCAGACACCAUUCACUUCAAGAAUGAAAAAAUAUGAAAUAGAAUCUCAUGAGAGCAAAUUAAAGAUUAUGAUCUUAAAUAUAAGACCAUAAUGAAUUAAAUGGUUUACAUUCUUCAAAUAUUAAACCAAUAUCUAUUUACAUUUAUAUGAAAAAAAGUCAUAUUGAUAUAAACAUCUGAAAAUUACAUGUAUUAUUCCUCACUAAAUGACCGUUAUUUAAAUCAGUUUAUCUUGACUUAUUUCACUAACUCACAGUGAAUUCAAAUAACUAAUAACAUUUAUUUAUUUUACAUUUUUUAACAGACAGAACAAAGGAUCUGUCUUCUGUCUUUUCAGACAUAAAUUGACUUGAGUUUUCAAAAGGGUUUUUUAAAAGUGCAUGUAUGACAAGAUACUUGCUGGGAAUCAAAAGCAAUUCAAAAUAACGUCAAAUGUAUAAAGUAUUUUAAACAUCCAGGCUUAUUUAUAUUCAUUAAACAUGAAAGUGAAGCCGUUCUCCCAGCAGGCAGGGAAGGGCGACGCUUGUGUCUGGACACCUUCGGUUUAUACGUUUGUUGAGCUCGUGUUUCCAUCUCUGACACAUGGAAAAGCGAGUUGGAUCGUGCGUGAUCGCAGACCUACUUUGUGUAUCUCUGUUUGUUGCUUCUUCUGCUCUAUUUUGACAGCUGGACGAAGUCUGUUCCGCAGAGUUCACUGCUGCACCUUACACCGACGCUUCUGGACACUGAGUUUGUAAGUGGUUCCAUCUGUGUUGUCUGGCGAUGUUUGUACCUCAUGCACCUCAGGAGGGACUGAGACACACUUGAUUCAGCCAACGUUGGGCUUCAAACGUUGCAUUUCUCUUUCCAAAAAUGGCUGUUUUACU